AUGAAUAAUGUCAUGGAGGUGGUCGUCCGAACUGUAAAUUUCAUCCGAUCCAGAGGCCUGAAUCAUCGUCAGUUUGACAGCCUUCUCAGAGAGAAAGACCACAACUAUGGCCUGCCAUACCACACCGAGGUAAGAUGGUUAAGUCAAGGUGCUGUGCUGAGGCGCUUCUUUGAUUUAAGAGGGGAAAUCAAACAGUUCAUGGAAAAAAAGGGCAAACCAGUGUUAGAAUUUAAGUCAACAGAAUGGAUGCAGGACCUUCCAUUUAUGGUGGAUGUUACAGAACAUCUGAAUAACUUGAACAAAAUGCUGCAAGGGCGCAGCAAAGUUGUCACGCAGUACUAUGACAGCAUAUGUGCGUUCAAAUUGAAGCUGUCAUUGUGGGAGACACAACUCGCAGAUUUGAAGGGCAAGUUUGCGGCAGCUGGCUUGGACACGUUUUACCAGCAUCUCUUGCCAGGUUACCCCAACUUGACAGCCCUUGCUGCAAAAGUGUUGUGCAUGUUUGGAACCACAUAUCUUUGUGAGCAAGUAUUCUCUGUAAUGAACAUCAACAAAACAAAGCUGCGCUCAAGGCUCACGCACAAGCACUUGAAUGACAUCCUGAAACUGGCUGCCACUCAGGAUGUGAUGCCUAAUAUUGAUGCACUUGUUAAAGAAUUUUCAGCUAAUUUGAAGUGUUUUGUAAAGAACAUUAUUUGUGAUGUGUUCAGAAUGUACCAAAGUAAAACAAAGGAAACACAUCUGAAGUUGUCCUUAUUCUUAAGUUAUACCAUGAUUUUACCAGUCCGGCCCACUUGGGAAUAG